AGACAGAGCAUAUCUAUACUGUACUGUAUCUUAUAAGCUUUUACAAAUUCAUCAAACACAUGAAGCCAUAUGCUCACUUCAUCAAAACCCUCAGUUUUAGCUCAAAAUUUCAAAGAUCCAUUUUCACCAAAUCACAAAACGACUCCACUCUUCCUUCAGAUAUCGUUAAUGUCACUGAUGAAUUCAUUUCUAUCUUCACCAUACGACCCUUUUCUCCCAACAAUCCAGAAUUGAUCAAUCUUGCACCGAAGCUUACGAAUAAAGUUGUCGAAACUGUGUUAAAUAAUUUCAAGAGCUGGAGAGUAGCUCACGCGUUCUUUAUUUGGGCAUCAAAUCAAAGUGGAUAUAAGCAUAAUAUAUAUACUUACAAUGCCAUGGCCUCAAUUCUAUCACGUGCUCGACAAAAUGCCCCUCUCAAGGUUUUGGCUCAAGAUGUUGUGAACUCCCGUUGUUUUAUGUCUCCUGGAGCUUUGGGAUUCUUGAUUAGGUGUUUGGGUAGUUUAGGAUUAGUUGAAGAAGCUAAUAUGUUGUUCGAUCAAGUUAAAAUGAUGGGUCUUUGUGUACCAAAUAGUUAUAGCUAUAAUUGUUUGCUAGAGGCAAUUUCUAAGUCCGGUUCAACUGACUUAGUUGAGAUGAGAUUGAAAGAAAUGCAUGAUCAUGGGUGGGGUUAUGAUAAGUACACUUUGACGCCUGUGUUGCAGGUGUAUUGCAAUUCCGGGGAGUUUGAGAAAGCUUUGAGUAUUUUCAAUGAGAUUUACAAUCAGGGUUGGGUUGAUGAACAUGUUUUUUAUAUCUUGGUGAUGUCCUUUACUAAAUGGGGUGAGGUGGAAAAGGCAUGUGAGUUGAUUGAAAGAAUGGAAGAUUGCAAUGUCCGACUGAAUGAAAAAACGUUCUGCAUGUUGAUUCAUGGGUUUGUGAAGGAGUCUAGGAUAGACAAGGCCUUACAAUUGUUUGAUAAAAUGAAGAAAUCAGGUUUUGCCCCUGAUGUAUCGAUUUACGAUGUAAUGAUUGGAGGGUUAUGCAAGACUAGAGAACGUGAGAAAGCAUUACAAUUGUACUUGGAAAUGAAGGAAUCCGGAAAGAAACCUGAUGUUGGGAUACUUUCAAAGCUUUUAUCUUCAUGUUGUGAUGAAGGAGAAUUGACCCAUUUACUUAAGGAAAGCUGGGACGAAAUGGAUGCCCAAACAGUAACUGUGCUUUGCAAUUCUGUUAUGAGUGUUCUUGUCAACAAUGGCUCAGUCGAUAAAGCUUAUAAUCUGCUUCAGGCCAUGAUCAGGGGUGAACCUAUUCCCAAUGUUGGGGUAGAAAUGCUCUUUAACUUUAAGGGAAAGGUUUUCCCAAAUACCAGCUCAUUCAGUAUUGUUAUUGAUAAUUUAUUGCAAGAUGGCAAGUUGGAUUUGGCCCUAAGUCUAUUCCGAGACAUGAUUCAGAUUGGUUGUAAGCAAAAUGUUUUACUUUAUAACAAUUUGAUUUACAGUCUAUGCAAUUCAAAUAGACUGGAAGAAAGUUAUAAGCUUUUGAAAGAAAUGGAGCAAUCAGGUUUUGAACCAACCCACUUUACCCACAACUCGAUAUUCGGUUGUCUAUGUAUGAGGCAAGAUGUUUUAGGAGCCCUUAAUCUGGUGAGGAAGAUGCGUGCUCAUGGACAUGAACCAUGGACGAAGCAUUCUACCUUGCUUAUUAAAUCACUAUGUAAAAAUGGCAAAGUUGUGGAUGCUUGCAAAUUUCUUUCUGACAUGGUUCAAGAAGGAUUCCUACCUGAUACAAUUUCCUAUUCGGCUGCUAUGAACGGUUUGGUAAAUAAUCAAGAAGUUGAUCUAGCUUUGGAGCUAUUCCACAAUAUAUGUGCUAGUGGAUGUUGUCCUGAUGUAGUAGCUUAUAACAUAAUGAUAAAAGGACUUUGUAAGGCCCAGAGAAUUGCAGAGUCCGAGCAACUUCUGAAUGAGAUGAUUAUGAAGGGGCUUAUUCCCUCGGUAAUUACAUACAACUUGCUGAUUGAUGGAUGGUGUAAAAGUGGUGAUAUUGAUCAGGCCAUGCUUUGCCUUUCCAAGAUGCAUGGAAAAGAAAGGGAGCCAAAUGUGAUUACUUACACAACUCUAAUUGAUGGACUAUGCAAUGCUGGAAGACCUGAUGAUGCUCUCAUGAUAUGGAAUGAAAUGAGGGGAAGAGUGUGUGUUCUCAACAGAGUUGCUUUCAUGUCUCUUAUUAGUGGUCUUUGCAAGUGUGGUAGGCCAAAAGCAGCUUUAGUUCAUUUCCGUACAAUGAAACAGGAAGGAAUGAAGCCUGACAUAUUUGUGUAUGUAGCAUUAUUAAGUGCUUUUCUUUCUGACCUAAACCCACUUUUGGCUUUUGAGAUAUUAAAAGAGAUGGUUGAUGAAGGAAACUUUCCAGAUCCAGUUGAUAAGAACUAUGUAGUGGUUAGGGAUGUGAUAUCUAAAUUGUCAGAAGACACCCAAACUGCUUUACAUGUAAGAAAUCUAAUUAAAGAGGGCAGCAUCCCAACCAUUUUUCUUUCUAACUUUGGAAGUGAAGAUGGAUGUGAGCCCACUAUUUGAUCAGGAUGAGUCAUCAAGAUUUUUAUUUAAGCUUUAGGAAACUCUUUCUGUGUGGAUUGAUGUACCUGGAUUUAAGAAGCAUAUCUUUUCUGUGUGGAUUGAUGUACCUGGGUUGAAGAAGCAUAUCUUGCUGGUUUCUGAGUGACAUUUUUCUCCGAAGUAAAGGAUCCCUUGAUAAUUCAUAUUAUUCCACUUCUGAGUAAUACUUGAAUUUUACUCAAAUUCUCCUCAUGUUAAAAAUCUUAUAAAAGAGGGAAGUUUUACUGUCAAUUCUUUCUGACACUGGAAACCAAGUUGGAUUCCAGAUCACAAUGAAUCAUUAAGAUGGUUUACUUAAGCUUAAGUGUCUGUAGAUUGAUGGAUUGGCUAGCCGAGGUUGCAAAAGCACAUCCAGCUAGGCUCAGAUGAUGCACUAUUAUUGGAAGUAAAGAAUCCUUGCAUAACUCGCAUCAUUCUACAUCUGAUGUGUAUAUACUGGAGCAUCAUCAAGUGAGAAUACUCGAUAUUACUACUUUUAUUGUUCUCUCCUGUCAACGCAUCUCCCAUUAAAGUCCGUUUUCCCAUCACGAAGGUAACCAACCAUGUAAGUUAAGAGCUUAGACCAGUUCGAGCUCAGUCACUAGCCAGGCUCUAUGUGAAUUCUAUUCACUUGGAUUGGUGCCAAAUCCCACUGGUAAGUGCAUCCAUUCAAUCACAAAGCUCAUCAAUCCCUAGAAUGGUUCACUAUCCAAUUUCUUGCAGGGAUGAACCCUCGGGUUAAUGGCAUUCACUGGAACAGGAAAGUCGAUGAGGAGGGUCUGAAGCUCUCUCUUUGCUUCUGAAUUGAUUCUUGUAAGUAAAUAACUUUCUAAUUAUCACAUGAAUUUUCGCAUCAAGAUCAAUUGUAUCAUAUCAUUGGCAAAAUUCGUAAAAUUCGGUCUUUGAUUGAAAUAUAUUG